AUGUCUCCCUUAGCGACUUUAAGAAGAUCCAGGCCCAGAUGCAGGGUCAACAUGUGCCAGAGGAGAAGAAAAAGGAAGAGAAACAAAAGACAGCGGAGGAGAUCAAGAAGGAAGCCGAGAAGAAGGAUGAAGAGAAGAAGGAUGAAAAGGAGGAGGCUCAAGGCCAUGAGCUUAUCUUUAAAAAGAUCCACAAGAAGGAGGGCAAGAAGGAGGACAAGAAGAAGGGCAAGAAGGAGGACAAGAAGGAGAAGAAAGACGACAAAAAAAAGGAGAAGAAGGAAGCCGAUUAUGAUGAUGCGCAUGCAGGUGUUCUCAAGAAAGUCGAGUCCUACAAGUACCCUAUCCGCAAAGUUGAACGAGAAGGUUGUGGUAUCAAAACUAGGUCUUGGUGCGGGAAUCACAUAUGCCACCGUGUGUGCUAUGGGACCUGAGUAA